UUCUUCAUCUAAACCUACACUCUCUUCUCAACUCGCACACGCAAUUUAACCUUCGAACCACCGUUCUUUUUUUCUUCUUCCAACAAUGGCUCCAGCGAAGGCAGAGAAGAAGCCAGCAGAGAAGAAACCCGCGGAGAAAGCACCAGCGGAGAAGAAACCGAAGGCGGAGAAGAAGAUCUCGAAGGAAGGAAGUAGCGAUAAGAAGAAGAAGAGAGUGAAGAAGAGCGUUGAGACUUACAAGAUCUACAUCUUCAAGGUUCUGAAGCAGGUUCACCCUGACAUCGGAAUCUCGAGCAAAGCCAUGGGGAUAAUGAACAGUUUUAUCAACGAUAUCUUCGAGAAGCUCGCUCAGGAAGCUUCUAGACUCGCCAGGUAUAACAAGAAGCCGACGAUUACAUCGAGGGAGAUCCAAACUGCCGUACGGUUGGUGCUCCCUGGUGAGUUGGCGAAGCAUGCCGUUUCUGAAGGGACCAAAGCGGUGACUAAGUUCACCAGCUCGUAAAAUGUUUGGGGAUUUUUCUAGGGUUUCGGCUUCUGGAUGAAUCAUGGAUCUAGGGUUUUUACGGGAAAUGUGCUUUUUUUUUUAAUUUAAUAUUAUUAGUAUGUAGAUGUAAUGUUCUGAACAGUUAAUGGAAGGUGUUCUUUGGAAUAA